CCGGCAAAAGGGGGCAAGGCUUUUGUUAGGUGGCUGGAAAAAAGGAAAAAAAAAAAAAACCAUGUCUUCAGUGAAGAGGCCAAGAGGAAGGCCCCCUUCCUCCAAGAACACUAAUGGUUCCAGUGGACACACAAGGGUCCUCAGCCCUCAGCUGAAGAGCGGCACCUCGUCCUCCUCCUCCUCCUCUUCCUCGUCGUCGGAGAAGAGGCAGAAGAAGAAGCCGCUGAUGGAGCAGGCGCUGGAGGACAAGCAGGAGAAGGCCAACCGCAUCAUCUCGGAGGCCAUAGCCAAGGCGCGGGAGCGCGGGGAGAAGAACAUCCCGCGCGUCAUGAGCCCCGAGAGCUUCCCCUGCUCCUCCACGCCGCCGCGGCAGGACCACAAGCCCCACCACGCCAAGGCCCCGCCCACAGACCCGCCCUCGAGGAAGGCCAAGGGCCCCGCCGCCUCCCGAUCCAAACAGAAGACCAAGAUCGGCAAAAUAGUCAUCAAGUUUGGCAAGAAGAAGAAAAGGAAGACCGAGUCCUCCGAAGAGCUGUCGGACACGGAGCCCCUUCCGCGGCGCUGCUCCAAGGACGAUGACUCGAAAAGAAGAUCUAACCGUCAGGUAAAACGCAAAAAAUACGCAGAGGAGGGGGAGUGCAAGGUUUCAGACGAGGAGGUCAAGGUGAUCGUCAAAGCCAAGAAGACGGCCUCGGGUUCGCGCAAGGAGCAGCCCGUGCAGCUGUUUGUGGAAAAUCCCAGUGAGGAAGAUGCCGCAGUGGUAGACAAAAUCAUGUCUUCCCGCAUAGGAAAGAAGGAGGUGUCUCCUGGGGUCGUGGUUGAAGUUGAAGAGUUUUACGUCAAAUACAAAAACUACUCGUAUUUGCAUUGCGAAUGGGCCACUGAGCAGCAGCUUGUUAAGGACAAGAGGAUCCAGCAGAAGAUCAAACGAUUCAAGAUAAAACAGGCACAGAGGGCUCACUUCUUUGCAGAUAUGGAAGAGGAGCCUUUUAACCCCGACUACGUGGAGGUGGACCGAGUGCUGGAAGUCUCCUACUGCAAGGACAAGGACACUGGAGAGGUAACACUGACACACUCUCCCUGUUAUCCACCCCAGGGCGGAGAGUUUCAGAAGUGUUUGCAUGAUAAUAAAAAACCUGUGGUGUAUUACCUGGUGAAGUGGUGCUCCCUGCCCUAUGAGGACAGCACCUGGGAGCUGAAGGAGGAUGUGGACCAGAGCAAGAUCGAGGAGUUUGAGCAGCUGCAGGCAGCCCGGCCAGACCCGCGCAGAGUGGAGCGACCCCCCGCCAGCAUGUGGAAGAAGACAGAGCAGUCCCGGGAAUACCGCAAUGGGAACCGGCUCAGGGACUAUCAGCUGGAGGGAGUGAACUGGCUCCUGUUCAACUGGUACAACAGACGGAACUGCAUCCUUGCUGACGAAAUGGGUCUUGGCAAAACCAUCCAGUCCAUCACAUUCCUGGAGGAGAUCUUCCUGACGGGCAUCCGCGGACCAUUCCUCAUCAUCGCGCCGCUGUCCACCAUCGCCAACUGGGAGAGGGAGUUCCGCACCUGGACAGAUCUGAAUGUCAUUGUCUAUCAUGGCAGCAUGGUCAGCCGCCAGAUGCUCCAGCAGUACGAGAUGUACUUCAGGGACUCUCAGGGCCGAGUGAUCCGCGGGGCUUACAAGUUCCACGCGAUCGUCACCACCUUCGAGAUGAUCCUUGGCGGCUGUCCCGAGCUCAACGCCAUCGAGUGGCGCUGUGUCAUCAUCGACGAGGCGCACCGGCUGAAGAACAAGAACUGCAAGCUGCUGGAGGGCUUCAAGCUCAUGAGCCUGGAGCAUAAGGUACUGUUGACAGGCACUCCUCUUCAGAACACGGUAGAGGAGCUCUUUAGCCUGCUGCACUUCCUGGAGCCCUUGCGGUUCCCUUCAGAGUCCACCUUCAUGCAGGAGUUCGGGGAUCUGAAGACGGAAGAGCAGGUCCAGAAGCUCCAGGCCAUCCUGAAGCCCAUGAUGCUGCGGCGCUUGAAGGAGGACGUGGAGAAGAAGCUGGCGCCCAAGGAGGAAACCAUCAUUGAGGUGGAGCUCACCAACAUCCAGAAGAAGUACUACCGGGCCAUUCUGGAGAAGAACUUCUCCUUCUUGUCGAAGGGCGCUGGCCAGGCCAAUGUGCCCAACCUCGUCAACACCAUGAUGGAGCUGCGCAAAUGCUGCAACCACCCCUACCUCAUCAAAGGGGCGGAGGAGAAGAUCCUGGAGGAGUUUCGGGAGGUGCACAACCCCGCGGCGCUGGACUUCCACCUGCAGGCCAUGGUGCAGUCCGCCGGCAAGCUGGUCCUCAUCGACAAGCUGCUGCCCAAGAUGAAGGCGGGUGGCCACAAGGUCCUCAUCUUCUCCCAGAUGGUCCGCUGCCUGGACAUCCUGGAGGACUACCUCAUCCAGAGGAGGUACCUCUAUGAGCGGAUCGACGGGCGGGUGCGAGGGAACCUCCGGCAGGCGGCCAUCGACCGCUUCAGCAAGCCCGACUCGGACCGCUUCGUCUUCCUGCUGUGCACGCGGGCAGGGGGGCUGGGCAUCAACCUGACCGCCGCCGACACCUGCAUCAUCUUCGACUCCGACUGGAACCCGCAGAACGACCUGCAGGCUCAGGCUCGCUGCCACCGGAUCGGGCAGAACAAGGCUGUGAAGGUGUACCGGCUCAUCACCCGGAACUCGUACGAGCGCGAAAUGUUCGACCGCGCCAGCCUGAAGCUGGGCCUGGACAAGGCUGUCCUACAGAGCAUGAGCGGGCGCGAGAACAGCGUGGGCGGUAUCCAGCAGCUUUCCAAGAAGGAGAUCGAGGACCUGCUUCGUCGGGGGGCAUACGGGGCCAUUAUGGAUGAGGAAGAUGAGGGCUCCAAAUUCUGUGAGGAAGAUAUCGACCAGAUCCUCCAGCGCAGAACCAAGACCAUCACUAUUGAGUCUGAGGGCAGGGGCUCCACCUUUGCCAAGGCCAGUUUUGUGGCAUCCGGAAACAGGACAGACAUUUCUCUGGAUGAUCCAAAUUUCUGGGACAAGUGGGCAAAAAAGGCAGAGAUUGACCUGGACACUAUCAAUGGCAGAAACAGCCUCGUGAUCGACACGCCGCGGGUCAGGAAGCAGACCCGCCCUUUCAGCGCCACAAAGGAUGAGCUGGCGGAGCUGUCGGAGCCGGAGAGCGAGGGGGACGACAAGCCCAAACUCCGCCGCCCGUACGACAGGCUCAAUGGCUACGGCCGCACCGAAUGUUUCCGCGUGGAAAAGAACCUUCUGGUUUACGGGUGGGGCCGGUGGAAGGACAUCCUCUUGCACGGGCGUUUCAAGAGGCAGCUGAACGAGCACGACGUGGAGAUAAUCUGCCGGGCUCUGCUGGCCUACUGCCUGGUGCACUACCGCGGGGAUGACAAAAUCAAGAGCUUCAUGUGGGACCUGAUCGCGCCCACAGAAGACGGCCAGACCAAGGAGCUGCAGAACCACCUGGGUCUGUCUGCUCCAGUGCCCCGAGGGCGGAAGGGGAAGAAGGUGAAGACGCAGCCAAGCUCCUUCGACAUCCAGAAGGCGGAAUGGAUCAGGAAGCACAAUCCGGAGCACCUCCUCCAAGACGACGGUUACAAGAAGCACCUCAAACACCACUGCAACAAGGUGCUGCUCCGUGUCCGAAUGCUGUACUACUUGAAACAGGAAGUGAUAGGAGACCAGUCCCAGAAGGUGCUCGACGGUGUGGACUCCAGCGAGACAGAGAUUUGGGUUCCUGAGCCAGACCACUCGGAGCUUCCAGCUCACUGGUGGGACACAGAAGCGGACAAGAGCCUCCUUAUUGGCGUUUAUAAGCAUGGGUACGAGAAGUACAACACCAUUCGAGCGGACCCCGCCCUCAUCUUCCUAGAGCGCGUGGGGCGGCCGGACGAUAAGGCCAUCGCCGCAGAGCAGCGGGCCAACGACUUCAUGGAUGGGGACGGCGAUGACCCAGAAUACAAGCCAGCUCCAGCCCUGCUGAAAGACGAUAUCGAGGAUGAUGCCUCGUCCCCUGGAGACCUGGUUAUUGCAGAUGGUGGAGGAGAAGGGGGGAUGUUAAUGGAAGGAGACGCCUUGUACUGGCCCCCACCCUCAGCCCUGACCACACGGCUGCGCCGGCUCAUCACCGCCUACCAGCGCAACACCAAGAACCGCCAGAUCCAGCACAUCCAGCAGGCCCUGCCGGCUCAGCCCAGUGCCCUGCUGUCCACCCUCAACGACAACAUCAACCCCAAGAUAGCCGCCAAGAUCGAGCGGCAGCAGAGGUGGACACGGCGGGAGGAGGCCGACUUCUACCGCGUGGUGUCGACGUUCGGUGUGGUUUUCGACCCGGAGCAGGGCCGCUUCGACUGGACCAAGUUCCGGGCCAUGGCGCGGCUGCACAAGAAGACCGACGACAGCCUGCAGAAGUACCUGUGCGCCUUCACGGCCAUGUGCCGCCGCGUGUGCCGGCUGCCGCCCAGGGAAGGGGAAUCGGUGGACCCCUCCAUCUCCAUCCAGCCCAUCACAGAGGAGCGGGCGUCGCGAACGCUCUACCGGAUCGAGCUUCUGCGCAAGGUCCGGGAGCAGGUGCUGCGCCACCCCCAGCUGUACGAGCGGCUCCAGCUGUGCCAGCCGGGCCCGGACCUGCCGGUGUGGUGGGAGCCCGGCGCGCACGACCGGGACUUGCUCAUCGGUGCCGCCAAGCACGGGGUGAGCCGCACCGAUUACCACAUCCUGCGCGACCCCGAGCUCUGCUUCAUGACGGCCCAGAGCAACUACAGCCAGAACAAGGGGGCCCAGUCCCGCACCCCCACCCCUCUCCUGCUCCCCCAGUACCAGGCCAUGGUGGCGGGGUCCCCCCUCGCCGCCCAGCCCCGGCCGCCCGACCCCAGGACGGCCCAAGUGGAGGAGCCCAGGCAGCGGGCGGAGCACUUGAAGGAGGAGCCGCCCACGUCCGAGGAGGAGGGGGCGGAGCGGAAGGGCAAGGCGGAGCAGUGGAGCCCCAGGUCGGGGGCCCAGACCCAGGGCUUGGUGGACAGCAAAGCCGGGGGGCAGGUGAAGGGCGAGAGCGAGCGGCGCAGCAUGGUGGCUGCCAGGACGGAGCCGCUGACGCCCAACUCGGUCGCCAAGAAGCAGAAGCGAGGCAGCAAGCGGGGGCGGAGGCAGGGCCGGCGGGCUUCCUGCACGGACUCCGACACGGAGCGCUCGUCCUCCUGCUCCUCCUCUCGCUCCUCGUCGUCCUCCUCCUCGUCUUCCUCCUCCUCUUCCUCGUGCUCCCGCUCUGGGUCCAGCUCCUCGUCUUCCUCUUCCUCCUGCUCCUCCGGCUCCUCCUCCUCCUCUUCGUCCUCCUCCUCCUCCUCUUCCGAGGACAGUGACAGCGACAGGGAGGACAGGAAGGCGAGUGUUGCGGAGGCAGCGAAGAUCAAGGGUUUUGACGAAGAUAGCGUGGCGUCUCUCAGCACCACCCAGGACGAGACACAAGACAGCUUCCUCACUGAUAACGGCCUGCACAGCUCCUCCCAUGCCUUUCAGGGCGGGUACAUGCUGGCUGCCUCCUACUGGCCAAAGGACCGGGUCAUGAUCAACCGGCUGGACAGCAUCUGCCAGGCAGUGCUGAAGGGGGCGUGGCCCGCGGCGCGGAGGGGCUACGAGGGCAGUGCCGUGUCCUCCUUUUACACCACCAAGCUCCUGGACAGCCCCAGCGACCAGGGGGGCCCGCCCGGCCCCCGAGAGGACCCCGCACAGUCGCCUCAGAUGUCAAAGGUGAAGAAGCAUGUACGAGAAAAGGAGUUUACAGUGAAAAUCAAUGACCAGGAAGGUAGCUUGAAGCUGACUUUCCAGAAGCAGGGCCUCCCUCAGAAGAGGCCCCUGGAGGGCGAAGACGGGCCGCUGGGGCAGCAGCAGUACCUGGCCCGGCUCCGGGAGCUGCAAAGUGCCUCCGACACCAGCCUGGCCGACUUCACCAAACCCUUGCCCACUGCCGCCGGGGCCGCGGGCCCGGUGCGUGCCAACGGUGCCCUGGACGGCCAGCCCGUGGUGAAGAAGAGACGCGGCAGGCGGAAGAAUGUGGAAGGCAUGGACCUCCUCUUCCUGAACAAGAACAGAUCCACUCCUGACCAUGUCGGUCCGGGAGUCGGGGGCAGCGCUCAGGCCAGUCCUGCUGUGGUCCCUGGGCUGGGGUACGGGCCUAGCCAGGCACCGGUGGACACGGAGAGCAGGGUGCCUGUCAUUAACCUGAAGGAUGGGACUCGGCUAGCUGGCGACGACGCCCCCAAGAAGAAGGACCUGGAGCAGUGGCUGAAGGAGCACCCUGGAUACGUGGCCGACGUGGGAGCGUUCAUCCCCGGUCUGAACAAGAUGACGUUUCAGGACGGCAGGCCGAGGCAGAAGAGGCAUCGGUGUCGCAACCCCAAUAAAAUCGACAUCAACAGCCUGACCGGCGAGGAGAGGGUGCAGAUCAUCAACAGGAGGAACGCCAGAAAGGUGGGCGGUGCCUUUGCCCCUCCUCUGAAGGACCUGUGCCGGUUCUUGAAGGAGAACCCGGAGUAUGGCGUGCCCCCGGAGUGGGCCGACGUGGUGAAGCGGUCGGGCUUCCUUCCAGAGAGCAUGUUUGACCGGAUCCUGACGGGACCGAUCGUGCGUGAGGAAGUGAGCCGGAGAGGGCGACGGCCCAAGAGUGAGAUGGCCAAGGCGGCGGCGGCAGCAGCGAACGCCAGCGCCGCGACCCUUUCCAUCAACCCCCUGCUGUCCAACGGCCUGCUUUCGGGGAUGGACCUGUCCAGUCUGCAGGCCCUCCAGCAGAACCUUCAGAGCCUGCAGUCCCUGCAUCUCACUGCCGGUCUCAUGGGGCUGCCAGGGGGACUGGCCGCCGCAGGGGACGCCAACAACCUCGCCGCCAUGUUUCCCAUGAUGCUCUCGGGCAUGGCCGGCCUGCCGAACUUGCUGGGUAUGGGCGGCCUGUUGGGCAAGCCCCAGGAAGGAGCUGGGGUCUCGGAGGACGGCACGAAAAAGGGAAACGGCGGCAGCGGCGACUCUUCCUCCUCGGCUUCUAAGACGCCCGUGCCUACAGACACGAAAGGCGAAAGGACAGAAGGUCAAGGCGCUGACCAGUGCCCGAGUGACCCUUCAACCUCAGGCGCCACCGCGCCCCUAAGUGCUUCAGCUGUGGCUGCUGCGGCUGCUUCCUCUAACCACCCGUUAGCUCUUAACCCCUUGUUACUCUCCAGUAUGCUGUAUCCAGGGAUGCUUCUCACUCCAGGCCUUAAUCUUCCCAUUUCCGCGUUGUCUCAGUCCGGCGUGUUCGACGCGCAGCAACAGAGCACGAGUGCCCGCCCGGCCGCCACCGCCUCAGGGGAGACCCCGCGGGGGGCCGGCGGGAGCACGCCGGCCAAGGGCCAGGAGCCCGGCGAGCAGAAGGAGAACAGUGCCGAGGAGGGCUCGGAGAAGGCCGGGUCUUCGUCGUCCGAGUCCGAAGGCUCCUCCUCGUCGUCGGAGGACUCGGACUCCAGCAACGAAGACUGAGCCCCGUGUAGUCUCGAUAUAAAUAUAUAUAUUUAUAUAUAGAUAACCCUGCACUUACGUUGUGUUUUUUUUUCUUUGUAAAUAUCAAAAACGGAAGAAAGUGUUGUGUCAUUUAAAAAAAAAAGAAAAAAUGAAAAAAGAAAAGAUCCCUAUCUAGAACUGAAAUGAAAUUUCAGUGUUUGUUCAAAGGUACAAUAUUGUUUUGAAAGACAAUUUGCAUGUAAACCUUUAUUAGAUUUCUGAAAUACAUGAACUUGUAUAACACAAUGGUGUACAAUUGCAACAGAUAAAAAAAAGGCAUUAUUAUAAUUUUGUUGGGGUUUAAUUUUAUUAAAAAAAGAGAAAAUUAAUGCUCGAGCCGAGCUGUACAUUUAAUAUAUUUGGAGUGGGGAUAAAAAACACAGGACUUUAUACAUAUUUUGAUUUAAUUUGUAAAUAGUUUUACAGCCUCCUUGACACUUAUAAUUUACAGAUCAAACUUUGGAAAACUCAGCAAUAACUCGGGCAGCUAAUGAAUGUCACAGAAGCUGUAGAUUCUACAUGUUCUUUGCCAUUUUUCUGCAGAUCCUAAAGAAGCUGUUGCUCCCUUCAGUGUGGUUUGCUUUGGUGCUCCAGGCAUGUCUUUGUGCGGUCUGACUCCUGCUGUGCUGGUUCUCCGUCUAGAAAGUGCUUUGUGUGAUAUUAGGGAAGGAAUAAAGGUGACAGAUUAACAGUAUAUAGGCCUUUUGGCUAUCGCUGUAUACAUCACAUGCCUAUCUACGUGUGUGUGUAUAUAUAUAUAAUGUAUAUAAUUGUUUUCUUUUAGCAAUGGGUUGUCUUAACUGCACUUUAGGUUCUUAUGUGCUCUUGCACAGGUCAGUAACAGAGGCCUUGUGCUAGAAGGCACCUGUUUUCUGUGGAUAAACACCGAUAAACCUGUUUGCUCUGUGCUGGUGCAAGUCCAGAACCACACCACUGAGUGCUAGUGGAAACCAGACAGCGGAGCGAGUCGGAACCGUGCCGAAUGAUAAUCCGCGUGGGAACGGGAGCCGGGCUUAAAAAGAAAAAAAAAAAUUUUAGAAACGCUAUCUUGAGUUGUAGUGCACUGCUGAUGGGAAGAGGAAAAAAAUCAACUUCAGGUACAACUGUGUGUUCGGAAGAAUAUUAAUUUAAAAUAACAAAGAGGGGAAACGAAAACCUUUCCCAGUCAGCCAACGAGAGUGGCUGUUACCUCAGCUGAGUUCUGGUGUCGAGUUUACAGCAGUUUACUUCGUUGUUAGCAGUUCAGAAAUAAAAGACUCGAGUGUCCUGCACAGUGUUGUUCUCGCCUAGCUGACUGUUGUGACUACGUUGACUCACCGGGCUCUGGUGGUGUUGUGCUCUUUCAUUUCCCCGAUUUGGUUUUGUGUGUUUUUGUUUUGUUCUUUCUGGCAUUUCUGCCCCACCGCCCCCCCCCCCCAAGGCUCAGAAGAAAAGUCUGUGAGAGAGAGCCACACUUCUGUCGGCAUUGUCGUUCAGGCUUCUCCGGCUUCCUGUGCCGGGCUCUGUAGACGGUAGAGGAGGGAUCAGAUGUAACUGUGAGUGUGUGGUUUGUAAAGGAACAGAGUCUUGGUCGCCGGGAACUGCAUACCAGACGCCUCGCUCUCUGUUCAGUCCUUACAAACGGAUCCCUGGUGUUCUGAGCAACUAAAGCGUUACGAUAUGAAAUGAAUUGUUUUGUUGCACUCAGUUGCUGACGUCAGCUCUCACGCAAAAGCAAGUAUCGGUGUAUUGAGGGAGGCUGUUGUGACACCAUGAUAAAGCUAUAAAUAAUGAAAAGCGACGAAAUUUUAUAGUUUGCAAUUUUAUGAAGACCACUCUGCUGUUUUAAUUUUUGUAGCAAUAAGUGGUGUUGUGCUAAGGAUCAGGAUUUAGGCAUAGUGUGAGCCGUUUGGGUAAGUUAGUACUUUUUUUAUGAACGGCGGCAGAGGCACAGAUGGAAAGCAAUGCAGUAUGUAUAGGAAAUUCCUAAUGAACUGUUGCCAAAUACUAUACAGGCUAAAUCUGUGUUCUAUUCCCAGUUAGCUUGCAACACUACUAAAACUGUUAACUGAAUCAGUGUGGUCUUUGCAGAGUAGAAGCUUGAUGAGCUUUUGUUAAUUGUUAACUUUUGUGUACCAGACUUCUUGGCCUCGUUUUUUUCCCCCCUCAGACUGGAGCCAUUGAGUCCUUGUGUUGCUAGUGGGAUGAAUGAUUUAAUUUUGACAUUUGAUCAAACCGUGACAGAAGUAUUUCCGCAGGCCUUCCAGCUUCGGAGCACGUUUUGCUUUGCUUUGCUCUUUUUUGUGACGUAACGUAGCGUGGAGUGUGUGUGUUGUGCACACCUGCACGUGCUGGCCUAUAGAGACCCCCCCCCCCCCAGGGGGGGCUGUGCACUUCCUGAAACUGUGCAGGGCCGUGUCUGCGCCCUGCCAAGUGAGAACGAGUAACAAUGCGCUGCCUUGACUGAGAUGUGUGUCAAGCGCCUCAGUGCAGCACGGCGCCAAUCGGAAUGAAGCAGGUGUCUGGGAACUAGGCUCUGCAGAGCUAGUGCACAGUCACGCAAUGGGCUGAGAGGGAGAUUAAUGGCAUGGAGGUAUCUAAACUAGAGAUGGGGGCAUUUGAAUAAAUAUGGUGGGACACUGUAUAUGUACUGACCCCUGUAGGAGGGCCAUGAUGGAGUGACGCUUUUCAGACCUGUGAAAUCCAUUUGUAUGAGCUAUUAACAAGCGCUCCUCUAAAACAGGUUGUACACAGAAUCUGUGCUCUUGUUAGAGGACAAAUGGUGGAGAAGACUCUGCUUGAAGGAGUUGCAUUGUAAUUUUCAUCCACAGCUCUCAUUACAGUAUGCUCUACAGUAGGGGAUCCCCAAAAUCUCAUUGCUGGGGGACAGUUUCAAGCUGUUGCCAUUGAUGGAAUAUCCCAGUUUAUGACCACCUUGAAUUUUUAGGUGCAGUCUAUUGCAGUUGUAAUUAAGUAGAAUAGGUCACCUACAACAAUAUUUCUUGAAGUUUUAUGGCUAAGGGGUCCUGACUUGAGUCUCAUCUAAAUGUGGAUAACCCUCUGCCAUUUUAAUUUUUAAUUCAACCACAAAAUACAUACUUUUGGUAUUACUGCAAGUAUUGCCAGUUUAGGCAUUACAGUUGCUCAGUUACCUUAAUGAAGGAGUUGCCAACUGAUUAACUUAGAUCAACUGAUUACUGAACAUUUUAAUUGUGGGGAGAAUGUUUAGUAAAGUUUUCCCUGAGCCUAGUUUGGGAAGCUUUCUCCAAUGACAGUAUUACUAGUCUAUUCUGGUCAUGUUUUGGCAUAGACUAAAAGAGAUUAACCUACUUAUAUAUAGUUAAAAUAAGGAAUACAGAAUACUGCUGGAACAGCAGCUGAAUACUGAUUUUUUUCUACACAAUUAUCGUUUCUCCUGCUAAUUGAACAUGACACUCUGGUGACAGUUGUCAGCUAAAAAAACACAUUUCCUAACUACAGGUCUUGCUGUUCACUCUAGUGAACGAGUGCAAAGGAAGGUUACCGUUCAAUCUGAGCUCGUUAAAAUCAUUAGGGUGCCAGUAAAUCUGUUUGCAUUCAGUGCAGUCAGUGGCUUGCCAUAUUUUUCAUCUCCUCCCCCCCUUUACGACCUACCUAGUCCUAACACUGGUGUCCAGGGUGCAUUUUCAGUAUUUUGGUGAGAAUUUGGUCAGCAACUUUCAUUUGUACCCAUAAGCACCCAGCACUGGACUGUAGAGUCGGUCACUUGCAUUCUGGGUUUGAACAAAAAGGUUCAAGCAUUCAAAUGUUAUUUCCAUCUAGAAUAAAGAUUAGAGUCCUCCACCAAACAUCUCCACUUGCACUCAACCUCCACUGUGUUUUUGUCUUCAGGUAUUUGACACAUUUUCUAGUUAAGCAGUUUAGUCUCAUUUUAAUUAUGUCUUGGACUUCGUUGCCCUGUCCUAUUACGCUGCUGCAAUUUAUGGGGAUAUGAACUUGCUGGGACCAGGUUGUGUUAAUGGACACCCCCUGCCUCAGAAAAGGUCAUCUACGUGUACCCUAAAUUUCAGCCAACCAAUAUGCAAAUAGACUGUAUGCAGGUGUUGCAAAAAGUAUGUACACUAAGACAUGAAAGGGGACAAAGGAGAUCAUUUAUGUAAAGUAGUUGCUGAAGAAGAAAAUAGCUAUCCUUGCCUUGUAUUUGUAUCUUUUGUUUUCAGCUUGAUAAAACCUUGAAAGUCAUUUUAAGUUGUUUUCUUUUGGACAGUUGCAAUAUUUGCAAGUUGUGGUCUGUGUAGUCAAAUAAUGCUUUCUGUAGUGGAGGAAAAAAAAGCGUCUUAAAGUCAUUUGUAAUUUAUUGAAUUACUUUCUAUGAAGUUCUAUAGAGGAAAUGGAAGUUUAAUUAUUUUUAUUAAACAUAUUCUUUGACUAUC